AUGGACAACAGCAUUUGUCAAGUUUAUGAAGAGGAGAUCCGGUCACUGGAAGAAGAAAUUAAAUUAUUGACUGAAAAGUAUGAAGAUGGGCAACAAGAAUCUACCUUUUUUUCUGACCAGGAAAUAUUAAUGUCAAUAAAAUCAUUCCAAAGAGAAUUUCAAGGAGGAUCUAAGGGACAUGAAUCUCCAUCAGACCUGAAAGCUCAACUUGAAAGUCUAGAAACAGAUCUGUCAUUUUUAAUGAAAUUUACUGGUAUUCAGUUCACAAGUCAUUCCAAGAAAACAGUGGAAAAAACUAGAAACAGAACACUGCAGAAGCACAGGUUAUUAGGGAGUUGCCACUCCCUGUCUUUUCAAUUGGAAUUCCAGCUUCUUGAAAUGCAGAACAAAGAGAGUCUAUCUGCUGAAAUUACUGAUCUCAGCAUUAUAAUGGAAUCUGGAGAAGAUUUGGAUGUGAGCAAGUUUGUGUCGAGCACUGAAGAGCACAGAGAUCUUCUAACAUUUUUCAGAAGCCUUUCAACUUACGCUGAGUGGUAUGAACAUCGUAGACGGACCUUCCUACAUUUCAAGAAAGAUGAGCCCACAGUUGAUGCUUGA